CUGGCCCCUCCCCUCAGGAGCCGGGGGAGCCCCCGCAUCCAGCCCCUCUUCCUGCCCCCUCCCCCGGACUCCCGCUCGCCGCUCCCGGUGGGAUGGAAGUCCCCCCGUAAGCUUCUUCCUUCUCCCCCGUAGCAGGCGGCGGGCCCCGAGUUCGGUGCAAAAAUGCUGGGCAUGUACGUGCCGGAUAGGUUCGCCCUGAAGUCGUCCCGGGUGCAGGACGGGAUGGGGCUCUACACGGCCCGCAGAGUGAAGAAGGGUGAAAAGUUUGGCCCCUUUGCAGGGGAGAAGCGAAUGCCGCAGGAACUGGAUGAGAACACAGACUGCAGGCUCAUGUGGGAAGUUCGUGGGAGCAAAGGCGAGGUCCUGUAUAUCCUGGAUGCCAGCAACCCACGCCAUUCGAACUGGCUGCGCUUUGUCCAUGAGGCUCCAUCCCAGGAACAGAAGAACCUGGCAGCCAUCCAGGAGGGGGAAAAUAUUUUCUAUCUGGCUGUGGAAGAUAUUGAAACAGACACAGAGCUUCUGAUUGGGUACUUGGACAGUGACAUGGAAGAAGAGGAGGAGGAGGAGGAAGAAGUAACUGUUAUCCAGGAAGAUGAAGACAGUGGCAGCAAUAAAGAAGUUCAGCCAGCUGGUGAAAAAACUGCAGAUCCCCUGACCUGUAAACAGGACCAUGCAUGCCCAAACUGUGAAUCCAGUUUUGCCAGCCAGGAGAUCCUAGCUGAGCAUCUGCAGACUUUGCACCAAAAACCCAGUGAGGAAAAGGAAUUUAAGUGCCGAAAUUGUGGAAAGAAAUUCCCUGUUAAACAAGCUCUACAAAGACAUGUCCUUCAGUGCACAGAGAAUAUCAGCCCAGGAGACUCCUCAAGAAGUUUCCAGUGCUCUGUUUGCAAUACUGCCUUCAGCUCGGAAUCGAGUUAUGAGCAGCACAAGGAAGCAUGCAGAGGGGAUGCCAGGUUCAUAUGCAAGGCAGAUAGCUGUGGGAAGAGGUUCAAGAGCAAGGAUGCCCUGAAAAAACACAAAGAAAAUGUUCACAGUGGAAAUUCUAGGAAGAAGCUGAUGUGUUCAGUGUGCAAUAAGAAAUGUUCCUCAGCAGCAAAUCUCCAGGAGCAUCGAAAGGUCCAUGAGAUCUUUGAGUGUCAAGAAUGUGACAAGAAAUUCAUUUCGGCAAACCAGCUGAAGCGCCAUAUGAUAACUCAUUCAGAAAAACGCCCCUACACCUGCGAGGUUUGCAAUAAGUCCUUCAAACGACUUGAUCAAGUGACUGCACACAAAAUAAUACACAGUGAAGAUAAACCUUAUAAAUGCAAGCUUUGUGGAAAGGGAUUUGCCCACAGAAAUGUUUACAAGAAUCACAAGAAGGUACAGCACAGGCAGCAGCACUGCGAGCUUCCCCACAGUGUCUCGUCCAUGUGUCCCAAGCCUGUUCUGGAGGAACCCCCUGUUGAGACCCAUUCUGAAGAGAGACCGUUCCAGUGUGAGGAAUGCAAAGCCCUGUUCCGAACCCCCUUCUCUCUACAAAGACAUCUGUUAAUCCAUAACAGUGAGAGGACCUUCAAGUGUGAUCACUGUGAUGCUACUUUCAAAAGAAAGGACACUUUAAAUGUUCAUAUUCAAGUUGUACAUGAUGGACAUAAAAAGUACAAGUGUGACCUGUGUGACAAAGCUUUUGUGACACCCUCAGUCCUGAAGAGCCAUAAGAAAACUCACACAGGAGAAAAAGAGAAGAUUUGCCCGUAUUGUGGACAGAAGUUUGCAAGCAAUGGAACACUGAGAGUUCAUAUUCGAAGCCAUACAGGUGAGCGACCUUACCAGUGUCCCUACUGUGACAAAGCUUUCAGCAAGAACGACGGCUUGAAGAUGCACAUUCGCACCCACACCAGGGAAAAGCCGUACCAGUGCUCGGAGUGUAACAAGGCUUUCAGUCAGAAGCGAGGCCUGGACGAGCACAUGAGGACCCACACCGGGGAGAAGCCCUUCCAGUGUGAUGUUUCUACCUUUUUUCACCAAAAUCAGUCUUCAGAAGGAGCCUUAUGCUGGCUGCACGCUGUCAGAGGCUGCUGAUCUUCUGGGCUUUGGACAUAACAGCAGUUGCCUCCACUGUUCAUUCCUGCAUGCUCCAGUCACCCAGGUGCCCACCAUGGUCUGUUGCUUAAUGCACACUUGGAGAGGGUUAAAAUUGGUGUUUUCAAUCAUUUCUCCUGAUUUUACCUGGGCUCCUGUUCCGCACAUGCUAGGGACACAGUACAUGUCACCCAGAGCAGCCCAUUCCUCCAGAGCUGUCUUGCAAAUUGCAUGAUUCCAGAUGUUUAUGUAGAAGUUACAGGCAAAGCUGUCGUAGACAAUUACAGAAAAACAUCCCUAUGGGGGACAUUUAUUGUGGGCUACCCAAUACUAAAUUUCAUUUUUACAUUUGAGUAUUUUCACCUACAGUUUUUUUUUUUUUCUGCUCAAGAUAGCUUUAGAUGCUCUAGUUAUUUUUCCAUGUGGUAAUUUGAGUGGUAAUUUAUGACAACAACUUCCACAAGUUCUUAUCUCUGGAAUACUACAUACCAAUUCUUUUAGUCUAUAUUUUUCCUUUGAAUAGAUUUUUUUUUUCCAGAGGCAGAAAUAAAAAUCAUGUCUUCUCUUCCUGUCUCAUUCUCCUCUCUCUCAGGCACAUGGAACAGUCAUUACAGUGCAGGAUUGAGUUACAUGUGAAACUAAUCCUUGUACUCUGUUUGAGGAAGGUGCUACAGUUUAUUUAUGUGUCUAUUCUCGUGUCUUAUCAGUCAGCAAAGCAUUUUCAGACCUUAAUGUCUCAAAGCUCUCACAUCCCACGGAUCAUAGCGGAAAUUGAAUAUUCCCAUUUUAAGAUGGCAAUUCUAAUACAUGUCACCCAGAAAAGUGAAAAUAACUGAAAUAUGGAAAUAGAAAUGCAAUUUUUCAUAGAAAAUUAGAUGUCUGUCCUCUCCAGACCAGCCUGUUUUUUACUGGAAGGCCAAUUGAGCUUCAGUUUCUCAGAGACAAUAGAUUAUUUUAGGGGGGCAUAAAGGUCAAGUACUGCCUGUCCUGGUUUCUUUCCAAUACAGUAUUUCCUUCUACUCUGCCUCUGGUUGACCUUACACUUUAUUUCAAAUGUCAGUCUUUCCAUCCUCCCUACCUGACCAAAACUUUGAUCAUUUUGAAGAGACUGAUAAGAGCUCAAGUGCACAUUAGCAAGGAAGAUUGUAAAUCUGUAAAAUAUCAGUCUUGCUUACAAAAUUGAUAUACAAAUCAAACUGUUUAAAAAAAUCCCCAAACCUUUUCUGCAUAAGAACAGCACAGGAUGUGCCAUACCUUUAAUAACCCUGUGCACUUCAUGUGUUUUUUGAAGAAGGAAGGUAGCACAACAUGUUAGAGCCUUGGAGGAACAGAAGGACACAUUAUAUUGGUCACACGAGCAGAAAAAAAUGAAAUAAAUGUUCUUUGAGGCUGUGUUAUAAGCUGUUUAUUUUAGAAAUGAAGGGAUGUGUGUAAGAUACACAAAACACACACAUAUCUUGUCUGUGUGUAUGUCCCUGAUUGGCCUCCUGGCUCUCAAGAAACAUGGAGUAUUUACAAGUGUGUGACACUUCCAGCACACUGGGAUUCGUGGCUGUGAUUAGAUAAAUGUUAUGGGUUCCCUUUGUGUGCUCUGUGAAGGGGAAACAGAAACCUGGCUUUGCCAGAAGCAGUGCUCAGAGCUGACCAGUGGGUGCUGUAAUUGAGGUUCACUGUCAGUAACGAAGGGGUGGCUGUUGCUUGGGUCUCAAAGAGGUUUAUUCAGAGAUUAUUCACUGGGGAAGAGCAGGAGAGCUGCUGUAUGAAGGUCUUCAGCAUUAUGUCAUGUCAGAAAGUCAAAAAUGUUCUAGUGCAGCAGCACACACAGUGUCGGGAGAAAUUAUUUUGGGUACAAAACUUGCCUCUGGCCAUGGCCAUUUUAUGGUCAUUUACUGGUUUAGCCUUAUUUGGCAUAAAAUCCAUAUGCUGGAGGUCAAGAUGAUCUACUUGGAUGGUCAGCUCUUGUUGUGGUUUCAAAAGGAAUAAGUCAUCAUUCAGCAUUUGCAGUAGUUGGGUGCCAAUAUAAAUUUAAAGCUUUGUUUUUCUCCAGAGGGAUUGUCCUGGUUUCCUUGAGUUUUUUUCUGCAUGAAAGAGAUGUUGUCUGGAAUGAACAUGGAAUUUUAAGAGUGCAAGCCUAUGGAUGUUCAUUCUUGUUUCAUUAUAUGACUCUUGUCUAUUUCAUUUGUCAAAUCAGCAGCUGCUUCCUUUUCUUUUUUUCUUCAUUUCCCUGUCAAAUUUGUGCUAGAAUAUUUCCUUGCACAAUAAGUAAGUGUGACAGUGUAACUGCACAGUUGUUGAGUUGGUGUCCUGCCUUAACUUUUAAUUCCAACUUUUCUUUGCUGAACUUGUUCUUUUAACCUUUGUGUUCUUUUAACCUUUUGUGUUUUUCAUUUUAACUUCAGUACAGGGGUUUUAUAAAGGAAUGGCUUUAGUAUGGGCAGAGUCCCUCAUGCCUCUGUUCAUCUCUUCAAAUGGCAGAAUGAACUGGACUGCCUGGAGUACAGUGGAGGAAGGAGAGCAGCACACCAGAUAAUAAUGCAAAGGAAUUGCACCUUCUUUUACCAGAUGUCUGCCAUUUUCUUGGCCAGGUAGAGAAAGGUAGAACAAUGAGGUUUCCUUUACAUUAGUAGUUAAUCUUUCUUGCAGUUUUCAGAACCUGUUCCUUCUCACUCCUCCCUCCUUGCAGCUGAGCAGUUGAAACUGAUUCUUUUGAAAGCUGCAGGUGUCAUUCUAGAGGUCAGGAAGGAAAUAUGUAAUUUGAACUGAUGUUUGCUCAUGUUGUUUUGUCACAAUUUUUGCUGCAUCCCAGACAGAACAAUAGCUUUUAAAAAAACCAGAACAAAGCACCACGAUAUUACCAGAACAUCUCAAUGUGUUGGUAUUUUGAAGAUUGAGUCUAUUUUAGAUAGACAACAUCCUUGUGCUUGUGGUAGCACUCCUAAUAUACAGCAUAAAAAAUGCCAGGCAGAGUAAAAAUCUUUCAGGUGCUCUCUGAAGGAAUUUUUCUUCCAAUGACCAGCUCAUUUAUUAAGUUCUGCAGGUAUGUGUGGCUGUGGCCUCAGUGAUGUAACCUUAGGAGUGUUGCACAUGCUUGAAGUUGUAAUACUUGGUUUGUCUUUGUCUUGUGUUCAC